CGCCGCUACCGCCGCCGCCGCCGCCGCCGCCGCGCCGCGCCGCAUCCCAUUCAUGAGGGCCGCCCGGCUCGGCUGCGGCCCAAGCGGCUCCCGAGGCAGCAGCGGCGGCGGCGGGCGCCCGGGCCCCGCGCGCGCCCCCGGCCGGCCCCGCCUCCUCGGCCGCCCGCGAGCGCGCUCAGCCCGGCCGGUCCUCGUCGUCGCCGUUCGGCCGCCGCUUGCCCUCGGCCGCCUGCGGGCGCCGGCGCGGGGCGGGAGCAGAGUCGCUGCAGACCGAGUCCUUGAAGGCCAGACUCAUAGCUGCCGGCACCCAGCGCAGAGCCAGCUUUUAGAAGAGACCCCUGCGGAGGUCUGUAGAAUGAAGUCUCAGACCAUGAAUUACGUGGGGCAGCUGGCCGGGCAGGUGAUUGUCACUGUGAAGGAGCUCUACAAGGGCAUUAACCAGGCCACGCUGUCCGGCUGCAUCGACGUCGUGGUGGUGCGGCAGCAGGAUGGCUCCUACCAGUGCUCGCCCUUCCACGUGCGCUUCGGGAAGCUGGGCGUCCUGCGCUCCAAAGAGAAAGUGAUUGACAUAGAAAUCAAUGGCGAUGCAGUGGAUCUUCACAUGAAAUUGGGUGACAAUGGGGAGGCUUUCUUUGUGGAGGAGACCGAAGAGGAAUAUGAAGGACUUCCUGCCUACCUCGCCACCUCACCAAUCCCUACCGAACAUCAGUUCUUUACAGAUAUUGACCCCCCUUUGGUGAAACCAGGUGGAAGUGAAAGACCAUCUCAGAGUUCAGACGUCUCCCACAUUCUGGAAACAGAGACAGUUUUCACCCCCAGUUCUGUGAAAAAGAAAAAGCGAAGGAGGAAGAAAUGCAAGCAGGACAGUAAGAAGGAGGAGCAGGCCGCUUCCCCUGCAGAAGCCGCCGCGGGCGCGGAGCUGAGCUCGGACGACGACAAGGCGGCCCAGGCGGCACGAGGAUCUUCAAAUGCUUCCUUAAAGGAAGAAGAAUAUAAGGAGCCUCUGCUUUUCCAUUCUGGAGACCACUACCCCUUAUCUGAUGGAGAUUGGUCCCCCUUAGACAACCCCUACUCCCCGGCGGCGUGUCCUAAGAGCGACUCAGAGCUGGAGGUGAAACCCGCCGGGAGCCUGCUCAGAUCCGAGUCCCACAUGGAGUGUGUAAAUGAUUUAGGGCCCAGGAUUAUUCACGUGAGAGCAGGUGAAAGAAUGCGUGACUCAGCGCGUGUUUAUUGGGCGGCUGUCAGGAGUGCGACCCUGACGCCCUCUUCCAUUCGCAUGGAUGCUGAGAACCCACACAGGGAAAGAGGUGUCCACAAGAGAAGCCAACACCAGGGACCUGAUGAUAUUUACCUGGAUGACCUAAAGGCACUAGAACCUGAGGUUGCAGCUCUCUAUUUCCCCAAAAGCGAGUCGGAGCCCGGCUCCAGGCAGUGGCCCGAGGCCGACACGCUCUCUGGCUCCCAGUCCCCACAGUCUGUGGGCAGCGCGGCCGCCGACAGCGGCACCGAGUGCCUCUCGGACUCUGCCAUGGACCUGCCCGACGUCACCCUGUCCCUCUGCGGCGGCCUCAGUGAGAACGGGCAGAUUUCUAAAGAGAAAUUUAUGGAGCAUAUCAUUACUUACCAUGAAUUUGCAGAAAACCCUGGACUUAUAGACAAUCCCAACCUUGUAAUACGGAUAUAUAACCGGUACUACAACUGGGCGUUGGCGGCUCCCAUGAUCCUCAGCCUGCAGGUCUUCCAGAAGAGCUUACCUAAGGCCACAGUUGAGUCCUGGGUCAAAGAUAAGAUGCCAAAGAAAUCUGGUCGCUGGUGGUUUUGGCGUAAGAGAGAGAGCAUAACCAAACAGCUGCCAGAGACCAAGGAAGGGAAAUCGGAGGAGCCGCCAGCCAUCGACCGGCCGUCGAGCGCGAAGGAGCCGGCCAGUGGCAGGCCGGCUGAGGAAGACUCAUCGAGUGACGAGGGGUCCCAGGAGCUGGAAGAAUCCAUCCAAGUGGACCCCAUCCCUACGGAGCCGCCGAGCCACAGCAGCACCACCUCCUAUAAGAAGUCUCUUCGUCUGUCCUCAGACCAGAUCGCAAAACUGAAGCUCCAAGACGGCCCAAAUGACGUCGUGUUCAGCAUUACAACCCAGUAUCAAGGCACCUGCCGCUGUGCGGGGACCAUUUACCUGUGGGACUGGAACGACAAGGUCAUCAUUUCUGACAUCGACGGGACGAUAACCAAGUCUGAUGCUUUAGGACAGAUCCUUCCACAGCUGGGUAAAGACUGGACUCAUCAGGGUAUCGCAAAGCUCUACCAUUCCAUCAACGAGAAUGGCUACAAGUUCCUAUACUGCUCCGCCCGCGCCAUCGGCAUGGCCGACAUGACCCGCGGCUACCUGCACUGGGUCAACGACAAGGGCACGAUCCUGCCCCGCGGCCCCCUGAUGCUGUCCCCCAGCAGCCUGUUCUCCGCCUUCCACAGGGAAGUAAUAGAAAAGAAACCAGAGAAGUUCAAAAUUGAGUGUCUAAAUGAUAUCAAGAAUCUCUUUGCCCCGUCUAAGCAGCCCUUCUAUGCGGCCUUUGGAAACCGUCCAAAUGAUGUCUACGCUUACACACAAGUUGGAGUUCCAGACUGCAGGAUCUUCACCGUGAACCCCAAGGGUGAGCUGAUACAAGAAAGGACCAAAGGAAACAAGUCAUCGUAUCACAGACUGAGUGAGCUCGUGGAACACGUGUUCCCACUUCUCAACAAGGAACAGAACUCCGCCUUUCCCUGCCCGGAGUUCAGCUCCUUCUGCUACUGGCGAGACCCGAUCCCUGAGGUGGACCUGGACGACCUGGCCUGAGGCCGCACCUCCAGUGGGAGGUCCUCCGUCGCUCGCCUCGCAGCAAGGGAAGGUGACCAGCCCUUCUGCUGGACAGAGGACAUGGGGGGGGGGUCCCCUCCCGGCCACAGGUGUGGGACAAGACGUGCUGACAGUCGGGCACCAGCAGGGACGGGAAAGCUGCUGGGGCUGGACCGCCUUCCCCCUUCCCCCUCCCGGGCCCUGAGGGGCUGCUGUGGGGUGCCGCGGCCAGAGCCGCGAGGGGAGCUUGGGCCUGAGGACGGAGGCCUGGGCUCCUGUCACUGGCCAGUCCUCCCACGCGCUCUGUUGUGUGCUGGGUGCUCCUUUAAUUGCAUAAUUUAAAAAGAAGAAAAAAGAAGCUAAGAGUGGACCAAAACGUUGCACAAAGUAAAGUGUUCUAAUUUCCACUGGGCAGUUGAGAGUGUUUCUAAAAAGGAGGGCUUACUUCAGGGGAUCAGGGUCCAGUUGGUGAUGUUGGUCCAAACCACCCAUGCACAUUUCUUCUGUGGGCUCCUCCCUCCCUGCUCCACGGAAACGGGACGCUUGCUCGGGCCCCCAGGGUGACAAACGUGGGCUUCGGGGGAACAUGAGGUCCUUAUAUCAUUGCCUUCUCACCUGUGACUAUUCCACGGUGGGGACCUGAACUGAGGUGUCGUGUGUCAGACCGGUAGGAAGGAGCAGGUCUUGCAGGAUGUAUGUGAUGCCCGUAAGAGCCGUCCUAGCAGCAGGAGUUGGUUAAACGACAAGGAACAGCUCUGUUCUCAGGGGGGCCUUGGAAAUGCAGAUGGGCACUUGUGACGGGUCCUGGGAAGGGUCCGUUCUCCGUCCCCCUGCCUGCAGCCCAGUGUCCCAGCCUGGUUGUGACAAGCUCUUGUCGGACCCGAGCAGGCCGCCCCAGGGAAGGGGGGUUCUGUCCACAAGCCUCUGCAGAGGUGAGGCUGGGCACGAGCCUGCAGAGGUGAGGCUGGGUGUGGACAGUCCCCUUGGUGUUAAAAUCGAGAGCACUGUUAGAGAGGAGGCUUUCCUGGGACCAGCAGUGCCCACACACAGCCCUGCGCUGGGUGCGAAAGCAGGGAGCAGGUUCCGGGGCGGAGGGUGGGCGCCCAGUGGGAACACCGCAGAGCAGUGCAGACACAGCCCCCGGCCCCCACGGUGUCCCGUCCCCCCUGUGCUUUCCCUGUGCUGGUCUGGCAGGGGGCACAUCUCCUUGUAGCCGGCUCCACCGAAAUAAUAACUGAUCUAGAGCUGGGGACGUGGGGGCGGUUUUUUUCCAGAGUGGAGAGUUGAAAGUCCCUGACUCAGUUGAGCCGUGUUUCCCAGUGCUGUUGGGUGCAGGGACGACGGCACCGUCCCCGGAACGCAGCUCUCAGCGGCAGAGGCUGGCGGAGCCACACAGGCUUCCUCCGGUGCAAACCGUCCCACCGUGAAUAGCUCAAGGCUCAUCAUUUAAAGAAUUUAUUUAUGUACAGGGUCAGGGAAAGUAGGUUGUGUCUGUAUGAAGUUCUGCCCAGUUAGUGAAAUCCAUUCCUCGUACGGUGGCCCUGCAGUUACUUCAUCUCAUAGAUGCCAUCGGCCUGUCGCCCCACGUUUGCUUUAGGCAGUUACCCUGAGCUUUGUAGGGCUUUGCUAUGUGCGGUACGGAAAUCUUGAUAACACACCUUCUGUAGUCCUUUGUUGGCUGUCCUUUAAAGAGUUUCUGACUAGACACUUUCUUUUUCUCGAUAAGCUCUUCUCUCUGGACACAGGGGCAUCUUAGAGGGUCGAACCUGGGAACCCAGGUCUCCCGGCCCUGCACUGAGGGUGGCUGACCCCUCUGCCCAGGGGCCAUCAGCACUAGACUUUGUCAUUUUGUCACCGCAGACUGAUCCAGUGGGUACAUAUGCUAAUUAACCUGAGUCUUUUUCCUUAUUUAAAGGAGUCCCUCUUGCUGAAAGUAGAUGAUUACUAUUACUAUAGUGUUAAGAAAGUAUGAAGUUUGUGCUGAAAAUCCAUUGCCAUUUGGUACAAAUGACAUUUGUUCUUUCUGUGAAAGAGAGAUGCCCUCGAGUGUGUGUGUACACAGACCCUUCUGAUGGGAGCUGAGGAAGGAGCAGCGGCCUCUCGCUGCCUUUGGGGACAGGCAGCAUCCCGGGGGGCCGGUGGGGGGACGCCGAGGUGGACCGGGCUCCCCUAAUCACUCUCCGCUGCUCCACUGGUGAAAUGGCCGUGGCCCCUUUCCCUCUUUCCCGCCCAACCUGACUUGAAUAUCUGCCUUGGUGUCCGCGUGCUGAAGCUUGUAUGGCUGUAGUGUUGACAUCUGUAUCUCUGCAGGGCUUACAAAGUGCACGCGUGGGCCCAGAGCAUGCAGACUUGGCCCACGUGUCAGUAUCGUGUUUGCUGUGCUUUAAAACAUCUGCAUAGUUUUCAACUGGAAAAAGAAAAAACUUACUAGUGUGAUGUCAUGAAAUGAAAGCUGUUGACAAUCUAGGAACAAGAGCCAGCUAACCAGCCGGAAAGUACUCAUGCCUUUGGCUGCACAUGGCCCUUCUGGAGUGUGUCCUUGAAGCUGCAGGCAAGACCUGAAGAAACGGGCAGAGAGUAAACUCUCAUGUUUUGCAAGUUGGUGAAAACAGACUCUCCCAGGGAAUUUCAUCAUCUUUUCAAGUAUCAUCAUAGUUACUCUGGGAAGCCUUGUUUUCCUCUGUUUUAGGGAAUGCUGGGUUUAAUGAAACUGGUUAAAGAUUGAGUUUUUGUUUAAGUGCUCUUUCCAGGUGAAAACUACUUUUUUGGUUUGUUUUAAAGGUAAGAAAGGGAAGGGAAAACUUUACUCUUUUAAUUUAAUCAUUACGUUCAGUCUGUGAUGACAUAUUUGAUUAUUAGGCACAGCAGUGCCACUAACAAGUUUUUUAAGUUGUCAGAAAUUAAUUGUAAACAUCAGUUCAGUACUUAGUUUAUGGCAAAGACAAGCUGUCUUAAGAUAAAUGGCUCAUAUUUUGGUGCAGUGUUUGAUGUUCAAAACAAAAUGGUACAACAAUAAACAAAUGUAAACUGAA